AGAGAUGUAUAAUAAGAAAGAGAAAACUACAGAUCGUCAUCUUACCUAGUUCAUUAUAAAAAAAUUUUUAAUGAUUUAUCUCUAGAUCAGGUACAUAAUGGUUCUAGCCUGGAACCACCCCUUGAUCUUUAACACCGGUAUACCGGUGAAAGAAGUCAUCGUGAUAAUUUUCCAAAAAUCAUUCUUGAUUUCCCAUCGAAUCAGCCAGUACCGUGACACCGUAUUUUCACCCCUUUUCAUUUCCCUUCGACAAAUCGGGCAAAUAAAUCAUUGCCGAGGAAGCCGCUAUCGCGUGGCGGGCAUCUUCAAUCUCCUUGGCUGUUGCACGAUCGAUUCUGAGAAUGCGAGAAGGAGGAAGAAACAAACAAAUCAGGCAAUGGUCGAUUGCACCGUCAUUUCUAGCCCCUCGUUCGCCAGCCAGGGCCAACUCGCCGAGAUUACAGUACACGGCGACGCUAUUAUUACAGGAUGGCUCGUUCGAUCCUAUAAUUUACACUGGACAGUGCACCUUCCAUGAUCAUCGAACACACGACAAACAAUCAUUUUUUUGUGACAAAUUUGACGCGUACCGCCGUUAAUUAGACGUGUUUCGGCCGUUCCUCAGCCAGCCUUACGUAAAUUCACGAGGAUCGGCUAAUUAUCUUGUUUCCUGCUGUACGCCGUCAUACCCUAACACCUGCUAUUGUCCCAGCUGGUUACGAAUAUAAAUAACGUCCCGAAGGAUUCACUGUUACACACAGUGAUACACCACAAAGGAUACGUACGCCAGACGAUCUUGUUCCAGGGAAUUAAGUCUCGUUUCUAUACAUCGUCGCAAGAUGAAGACCCUUUUGGCUGCUACUUGCCUGCUAGCCGCUGCGACGCUCGUGCGCGGUAUAGAUCAGGACAACAUUAUGGCAAAGUACAUGGAGUACUUGAUGCCGGAUAUAAAACCAUGCGCUGACGAGAUGCACGUGACAGAAGAGCAAGCAACGUAUAUCCAACAACCCAAGACCGAGACCGACAUGAGGCAAAUGGGUUGCAUGAAAGCCUGCGUGAUGAAGCGAAUCCAGAUACUGACAGGCACCGAUCUCCACUUAGAGCCAAUAUACAAGAUGAUCGAGGUGGUGCACGCUGGUAACGAUGACGAUAUCAAACUAGUGAAAUCGAUCGCAACCGAGUGUCAGGAAACUAUCAAAGGAGAGACAGACGAGUGCAACAUCGGCAACAAAUACACCGAUUGUUACGUACAGAAGCUUUUCACUUAAUAAUCCAGUCUACCAGAAGCGAUUCGCCGAAGGCCGCAAACUUGUAAUC